AAAGAAAUUUUUCGUCUUUCUCAAAUCUCCUCCUGCUUUCUUCCAAUACUUCUGCUCUGCUGCUGUUUACUCUCACAUACAUACAUAAACACAUACAUAUAUAUAUCCUUUUCUCUGAUUUUGCCCUUGAUUCGCUGACUCUCUCUUAUAUUCAUACAUGCAUACCCCUCUUGAAAGCCGUUUACCUUUGAUUGUGUUUUUGGGUUGAAAAUCUUUGCUAAUUGGAGCUCUCGCUGACUUGAAAAAUGAGGGAUUUUUAUUUUUUUUUAGAGCUGUUUAUUUUUUAUUUGAUAAGGGUUUAUGAUUUACCCUAAUUAUCAUUUUUUUCUAAGGGUAGAAAGGGGGGAUUGAUUGGUAUGGAUUUUGUGUCUAGCUUUUUUGAGAUACAUGUAUACUAUAUAUACAUAUAUGUAUGUAAUUUUCUAUUGGUUUUUGAAUUUCUACAUAAUACAAUGACAAAUACAUAUAUAGCAUGGGGCCAACACAAUUCUUUGGUUUCUUUACUGGAUUAGGAUGUUACCUCAAUGGAUUGAUCUUGAUUUGAGUCCAUUCCUCUUGUGAACUUUGGUUUUCUGAAAAAGGAAUUUUGUCAAAUGGAUUUCCAGUUUAUGGUGUUUGUUUCAUUUUGGGGAAUAAUUCCUACCAAAGAGGCCUUUUUCACCACAUUCCUAAAUCUAGCAAGUGGCAGCAGAAAAUUUGUGUUCCCUGAAUAUCUGGUUUCAUACCCAAACUCUCCAGUUUACCAUAUUCUACUACCCAAAAACAUGGCAGUGAGAUGGCCUGUUUCCUAGCAUAUCACAUAUGAUGCAUGUCAAAUCUUUCAAAGUUAAAUGCCUGUCAGCCCAUGUCAAUGCAAUCUGCAGAUGGUUUUCUCUUUUGCCAGCUGCCAUAAUAACAAUGUGAGCAUGCAGAUUCUAUUGGUGGAGUCCUCAGUCCAGGCCUCGAAUUGUGUUUAUAGUGUGACAACACUUGAAACCUAAGAGAAUCAUGGCAGAUAAUACUGAAGUGGAGGACCGUGUGGAUCUAGACGAUGAUAACUACAGUGAAGACGAUGAAGAAGUCAUGGAAGACGAAGGAGCUGGAGAUGUUGGUGAAGAAGAGCCUCAGGAGGAUACUGGAAGCGAGGAUGGUGGGAAAGGUCAAUCUGCAGGAACAGAUAAAACGGAUAUAAGCAUUGGGGAUAUGGAAGAUAAAGAUAACUCGACAUCUCUUACCGAAGAGGAGAAAGAGAAACAUGCUGAGCUUCUUGAUCUUCCACCCCAUGGCUCUGAAGUUUUUAUUGGAGGACUUUCUCGAGAUAUUUCGGAGGAAGACUUGAGGGAACUCUGUGAACCCCUUGGUGAAAUCUUUGAGAUAAGGGUCAUGAAGAAUAGGGAUACUGGUGAAAGCAAGGGCUUUGCUUUUGUAGCCUUCAGAACAAAAGAUGAGGCACAAAAGGCAAUUGAAGAAUUAAAUAACAAGGAAUUCAAGGGCAGGACUCUACGAUGCUCACUUUCCGAAACUAAAUACAGAUUGUUCAUAGGCAAUGUACCAAAGGGAUGGAGUGAAGAUGAAUUCAAAAAAGUAAUUGAAUCAACAGGUCCUGGUGCUGAAAUCAUUGAGCUAAUAAAGGAUCCUCAGAACCCUGGUCGUAAUCGUGGUUUUGCCUUUGUGGAAUUUUACAACAAUGCUUGUGCUGACUAUUCCAGGCAAAAGAUGUCUUCUGCAAGUUUCAAGCUGGAUGGUAACACACCAACUGUUACAUGGGCUGACCCGAAGAUCACACCUGAUCAUUCUGCUGCUACUUCUCAGGUCAAGGCCCUGUAUGUGAAGAACAUUCCCGAAAAUACAACUACUGAAGAAUUAAAGGAAAUCUUCCAGCAACAUGGGGAAGUCACCAAAGUUGUUAUGCCACCUGCUAAAGCUGGUGGGAAGAGAGACUUUGGCUUCAUACAUUAUGCUGAAAGAUCAAGUGCCCUUAAAGCUGUCAAAGAGACUGAAAAAUAUGAGAUAAAUGGCCAGGUAUUAGAAGUCGUCCUCGCAAAGCCUCAGGCUGAGAAGAAGUUUGAUGCAGCUAAUUCCCACAACUCUCAAGUUCCAAACUACAUUCCCCAUCCAGGAUUUGGUGGUAUACCUGUAAAUCCUUACGCCUCUAUAGCUACUGGAUAUGGCGGUGGUGGUGGGUUUCAGCAGCAGCCUAUGAUUUAUGGAAGGGGACCAAUGCCAGCAGGAAUGCAGAUGGUGCCAAUGGUUCUACCUGAUGGUCGAAUCGGCUAUGUUCUACAACAGCCCGGUGUACAGAUUCCUCAGCCCGUUAGACCACGGAGAAAUGAUAGGGGUAAUAAUGGUGGCGGAUCACAAGCACGGGGCGGGGGCAAUGGCGGUGAUGAUAACAACCGUAAUAGACGGUACAGGCCUUACUAGAAACAGGGAGUGAAUCGAGUUAUUAUGUAACCUGGAUUAGCUAUAGAUGAUUAUAACCCUGAGCUACUUUUUGGUUAUAUCCAAUGAAGUUGGUGAAUCAGAGCAAAAUUCAA